AUGGCUACUCUCUCCUCCGCAGCAGCCCCGCAAUCUCCCCUGCGUCAACGGCGCUUCGCUCCUCUCAAUGCGGAGAACUCGCGAGAUUCCUCCGCACCCGCGCUGAGGGGCAUCGUCUUCGAUGUCGACGGCACAUUAUGCCUCCCCCAAAACUACAUGUUCGCCGAGAUGCGAGCCGUCCUCAACAUCGACAAGAAAACCGACAUCCUCCACCACAUCGCCAGCCUCCCCACCGCCUCCGCCCAAAUCGAAGCCGCCGACAAGAUCAAGGCCAUCGAACGCGAAGCCAUGCGCCACCAGCAACCGCAACCGGGGCUGGUGGAUCUGAUGGAUUAUCUGGAGCAGAGGGGAAUUCGACGGGCGUUGUGCACGAGGAAUUUUGAGGCCCCCGUGACGAAUCUCCUGCAGAAUCAUCUCCCGGCUCAUGUGUUUCUGCCGAUCAUCACCCGCGAGACGCCUGGGUUGAUGCCCAAGCCGGAUCCGGCGGGGAUUCUGCAUAUCGCGAGGGAGUGGGGGUUGGAGGAUGGCGGGGAGGGGUUGAUUAUGGUCGGAGAUAGCCUCGAUGAUAUGACGGCCGGGCAUACGGCGGGAGCCGCGACCGUGCUCCUCCUCAACGACCACAAUGCUCAUUUGAGAGACCACGAGCAUACCGAUCUCUGCAUUGAGCGCUUAGAUGAGCUGGUUGACAUUUUGGGCCGUGGAUUUGUCGGUCACAGAGGUGGGAACAAAGUUCCCGCGACCGAUGCACCCACGGCCGCGGCGGCAUCGGCUCAAUGA